AUGGCUUCUCCUGCGGGGGCUAACAGCGGGGCCUCCUCCUCGAGGGGGACACCCUUGCCGUUGCCCUUCCCCUUUCCCGCUGCGGCCUACUUCCCCUCCCGCGGCGCCGGUCCCUUCCUGUCGCAGCACCAUCACCCGCCCGCCACCUCCGAAGGCGACGAUGAGGUCGAAGAAGACGAGGGGAGCAUGGACGACGACAGCGCCGAAGAGGAUGAUGCCGAGCUGUCCGACGGUGGGGCUCGCGGCUCGCCGCAGCGACGCGCCUUCUCCGCUCCAGGUGAACCAAGGGUUUGCACAGAGGCUUUCAGGUCUUCAUCUCUUACUGGUAUUGGACGCACGGAGAUGAAUGGGGAAAUUGGAGUGAGGUCCAUCCAAGAGGGGCAGCAAUGGCACCAAUUUGGGCUUGCAUCACCAGGAGGGGAUGAUCCUGGUACCAUCCCCAGAGAUAUGAGGGCGGAGAAUGGGUAUGGAGUUGUCGGAAGAAGAGAGGGGGGUCCUGCAUCUGGCUAUUGGGACCUGCUGAGAGCACACCUCUCUGAUCCUUUGACAGGUAUUCUCAUGGAUGAUGCAAUGAUUUUAUCAUGUGGCCAUUCAUAUGGAAGUAGUGGAAUGCAGCAUGUCUACAGAAUGAAAGCUUGUGGUAAAUGUGGCCUGCCAAUUACCGAGGCCUCCAUUCGACCAAACUUGGCUCUUCGCCUUGCAGUUCAGGCAUUCAAACGUGAAGAAGAUUCAGCAAAGUCAUUGAAAAGAAGAAGAGACCGCCUUGAACUGGAUAAAUGUGGCGACGAUGAUCCAAAUCGAACUGAACUUGCUAGUAGAGGUAAAGGUGUGCAGUUUCCUUUUGCUGUCUUCGACCGGGUCAUAAUCAAGGGAAACAAGAGGACCCCAGAACGGUUUGUGGGACGUCAAGCAGUUGUGACAGCGCAAUGCUUAAAUGGAUGGUAUGUUGUGAAGACUUCAGACAACGCAGAGAGUGUGAAGCUGCAAUACCGUUCCUUGGCAAAGGUUGCUGACGGCAGUGGGCCUUCUGGUCUGGUCUCAAGCAACGCCCAAAGUUCAAGCUGGCUAUGA